UCUCCUUGUUGCUAAGUUCCUCCUUGGGCUGCCCUGAGUUCCCACAUCUGGAUUCUGCAGACCAGGCUCGGAGGAGAGGAGGCGAAAGGAGCCAGGCACCGCCUUUUUGCGGGAGGAACUCCCGGGACCACUGUGGAGCCCCUGGAGGCGGGUUGCGUGUCGCGAUGGCUUUGAGCUCAGCCUGGCGCUCUCUCCUGUCCCUCUGGCUGCUCUGGGGAGCCGUCGGGUCCAGUACUGCGUUCGGAGGCCGCAGUUUUCCUCUGGACAUUGAAGGACGCUUCACCGCCGGCAGACAAGAACCGCUGGAUCCCAGAAGCCUGACAUCUGCCACAAAGAAAUGCGGUGCUGGGUUCUUCCAAGCCCACUCUGGAGAAUGUUUGCCCUGUGACUGUAAUGGUCAUUCCAAUGAGUGCUUGGACGGCUCUGGAUUCUGUGUGGACUGCAAGCAGAAUACAACAGGAGAACACUGUGAAAAAUGUCUCGAUGGCUUUAUUGGAGAUUCCAUCAAUGGUGUGCCCCAUAUCUGCCAGCCAUGCCCGUGUCCACUGCCCCAUUUGGCCAACUUUGCAGUAUCCUGCUAUCGGAAAAGUGGAGUUGUUCGGUGUAUUUGCAAUGAAAACUAUGCAGGACCUAAUUGUGAAAGAUGUGCUCCUGGUUACUAUGGAAACCCCUUAUUGAUUGGAAGCACCUGUAAAAAAUGUGACUGCAGUGGAAAUUCAGAUCCCAACCUCAUUUUUGAAGAUUGUGAUGAGAUCACUGGGCAGUGUAGGAACUGUUUACCCCACACCACUGGGUUCAAGUGUGAACACUGUGCUCCUGGUUACUAUGGGGAUGCCAGGAUAGCCAAAAACUGUGCAGUGUGCAAUUGUGGGGGAGGCCCAUGUGACAGCGUAACUGGAGAAUGCUUGGAAGAAGGCUUUGAACCCCCUACAGGCACGGACUGCCCAAUCAUAAGCUGUGAUAAGUGUAUCUGGGAUCUGACUGAUGACCUUCGGCUAGCAUAUCUCUCCAUUGAGGAAAGCAAGUCUGGUGUGCUGAGUGUGUCCUCUGGGGCUGCUGCUCAUAGACAUGUGACUGAGGUCAACUCCACCAUUUACCACCUCAAAACUAAAUUGUCAGAAAGAGAAAACCAGUAUAUCCUCAGAAAGAUACAAAUCAACAAUGCUGAGAACACAAUGAAAAGCAUUUUGUCUGAUAUGGAGGAAUUAACUGAAAGGGAAAGUCAGACCUCCAGAAAGGGUCAACUGGCACAGAAAGAAAGCAUGGAUACCAUUAACCAUGCAACUCAGCUCGUAGAGCAAGCGCAUGAGAUGAGAGACAAAAUCAAAGAGAUAAACAACAAAAUGUUGUAUUAUGGAGAAAAGCAGGAACUUAGCUCUGAGGAAAUCUCUGAGAAGCUGGUGUUGGCUCAGAAGAUGCUUGAGGAGAUUAAACACCGUCAACCAUUUCUUACCCAACGAGAACUUGUGGAUGAGGAAGCAGAUGAAGCCCAUGAAUUGUUAAACCAGGCUGAAAAUUGGCAGCGACUGUCCAAUGAUACUCGCUCUUUGUUUCCGGUUGUCCUGGAGCAGUUGGAUGAUUACAAUGCUAAGUUUUCAGACAUCCAGGAAUCACUUGAUCAGGCACUUAACCGUGUCAGAGAUGCUGAAGACAUGAACAGGGUCAUAGCAGCCAGGCAGCGGGACCAUGAGAAACAACAUGAAAGAGUAAGAGAACAAGUAGAAAGUGUGAAUGCAACUCUGAGGCUGUCUUCAGACACUCUGGAAAUUCCACGGCUGACUCUUUCAGAACUUGAUGAUAUAAUAAAGAAUGCAUCUGGCAUUUAUGCUGAAAUAGAUGGAGCCAAAAAUGAACUACAAGGAAAACUAGCCAACCUGAGUAACCUCGGUUAUGAUUUAGUCCAAGAAGCAAUUGACCAUGCACGAAAUCUUCAGCUAGAAGCUGACGAAUUGAGCAGGAAUUUGCACAGUUCAGAUAUGAAUGGUCUGGUUCAGAAGGCUUUGGAUGCUUCAAAUGUCUAUGAAAACAUCGCCAAUUAUGUUAAUGAAGCCAACGAAACAGCUGAAUUUGCUUUGAACAUCACAGAAAGAAUUUAUGAUGCUGUGAGUGGGAUUGAUACUCAAAUCAUUUACCAUAAAGAUGAAAGUGAGAACCUCCUCCAUCAAGCCAGAGAAUUGCAAACAAGAGCAGAUUCUAGCAAUGAAGAGGCAGUAGCUGACACAAGCAGGCGUGUGGAUGGAGCCCAAGCAAGGAAGAGCUUUUUUAAAAACAGAUUAAAUGAUGCCAUUAAGCAACUACAGGCUGCAGAAAGAGGUGACACUCAGCAUCGACUAGAUCAGUCCAAGAUGACCAUUGCAGAAGCUAACAGGACCACACAGCAAGUCCAGGAGGUCACCACCCCCAUGACUAACAAUAUCAACAACUGGUCACAGAAUCUCCAAAGCUUUGACUCUUCUGCUUUCAACACAGCAGUGAACUCUGCCAGAGAUGCAGUAAGAAAUCUGACAGAAGUCAUGCCUCAACUUCUGGAUCAACUUCGUACAGUAGAGCAGAAGAGGCCUGCAAGCAAUGUGUCUGCCAGCAUCCAAAGGAUCCGAGAACUCAUCGCUCAGACAAGAAGUGUCGCCAGCAAGAUCCAAGUAUCCAUGAUGUUUGAUGGUCAGUCAGCCGUUGAAGUACACCCCAAAACUAGUGUGGAUGACUUAAAGACCUUUACAUCCUUGAGCUUGUAUAUUAAACCUCCUACUGUGAAGAAGUCAGAGCAAACUGGAAUUUCAGAUCAGUUUAUCCUGUACCUUGGAAGCAAAAAUGCCAAGAAAGAGUACAUGGGUCUUGCAAUCAAAAAUGAUAACCUGGUGUACAUUUAUAAUUUGGGAAGUAAAGAUGUAGAGAUUCCCCUGGACACCAAGCCUGUGAGCUCCUGGCCUGCUCACUUCAGCAUUGUCAAGAUUGAGAGGGUAGGAAAACAUGGAAAAGUAUUCUUAACAGUCCCCAGUCUAAGUAGUACUGCAGAAGAGAAGUUUAUUAAAAAGGGGCAGUUUACAGAAGAUGACUCUCUACUGGAUCUGGACCCAGAGGACAUUGUAUUUUAUGUUGGUGGAGUGCCUUCAGAAUUUAAGCUCCCUAGCAGCUUAAACUUGCCUGGCUUCACUGGUUGCAUAGAAUUGGCCACUUUAAAUAAUGAUGUGAUCAGCUUGUACAACUUUAAGCACAUCUAUCAUAUGGAUCCCACCAAGUCAGUGCCCUGUGCAAGAGACAAAUUGGCCUUCACACAGAGCCGGGCUGCCAGUUAUUACUUUGAUGGCUCUAGUUAUGCUGUUGUGAGGGAUAUCACAAGGAGAGGGAAAUUUGGCCAGGUGACUCGUUUCGACAUAGAAGUCCGAACAACAGCUGACAAUGGCCUUGUGCUCCUGAUGGUCAAUGGAAGUAUGUUUUUCAGCCUGGAAAUGCGCAAUGGUUACCUACAUGUGUUCUAUGACUUUGGAUUUAGCAAUGGCCCAGUUCAUCUUGAAGAUACAUUGAAGAAAGCUCGUAUUAAUGAUGCAAAAUACCACGAGAUCUCAAUCAUUUAUCACAAUGACAAGAAAAUGAUUUUGGUAGUUGAUAGACGUCAUGUCAAGAGCAUGGAUAAUGAAAAAAUGAAAAUGCCUUUCAAGGACAUAUACAUUGGAGGAGCUCCCCGAGAAAUCUUACAAUCCAGGUUUCUAACAAAACACCUUCCCUUAGAUAUCAACUUUAGAGGAUGUAUGAAGGGUUUCCAAUUCCAAAAGAAAGACUUUAAUUUAUUGGAGCAGACAGAAACCCUGGGAGUUGGUUAUGGAUGCCCAGAAGACUCUCUUAUAUCUCGUAGAGCAUACUUCAAUGGACAGAGUUUUAUUUCUUCAGUUCAGAAACUAUCUUUCUUUGAUGGCUUUGAAGGAGGUUUUAAUUUCCGAACACUACAGCCCAAUGGCUUGCUCUUCUAUUAUGCUUCAGGAUCAGAUGUGUUCUCCGUUUCCUUGGGUAAUGGCAGUGUGAUCAUGGAUGUGAAAGGAACCAAGGUGCAGUCUUUAAAUAAACAGUACAAUGACGGGCUAUCCCACUUCAUCAUCACCUCAGUCUCACCUGCAAGAUAUGAGCUGAUGGUAGAUAAAAACAUAUAUGGGAAUGAGAAUCCUACCAAAGGGAAGGCAGAGCAAACACAAGCAGGUGAAAAGAAGUUUUACUUCGGCGGUUCACCCAUCAGCCCCCAGUUUGCUAAUUUGACUGGCUGUAUAAGUAAUGCCUACUUUACCAGAUUGGAUAGAGAUGUGGAGGUUGAAGAUUUCCAGCAGUACUCUGAAAAGGUCCACACUUCUCUUUAUGAAUGUCCCAUCGAAUCUCCACCACUGUUUCUCCUCCACAAAAAGGGAAAAAAUUCUUCGAAGACUAAAACAAGUUUGAAUAAAAAGGGGGAAAAGAGUAAAGAUGCACCUGCAUGGGACCCAGUUGGCCUGAAAUUCUCAGAGCAGCCUGCUCCAAGAGACUCUCGUUGCCAACUUUCCAAAAGCCCUCGAGCCAUAGAGCAUGCGUAUCAGUAUGGAGGAACAGCCAACAGUCGCCAAGAAUUUGAGCACUUAAAAGAUGAUUUUGGUGAAAAAUCUCAAUUUUCCAUUCGCCUGAAAACUCGUUCUUCCCAUGGAAUGAUUUUCUAUGUCUCAGAUCAAGAAGAGAAUGACUUCAUGACCCUAUUCUUAGCCCAUGGUCGCUUGGUUUUCAUGUUUAAUAUUGGGCACAAGAAACUGAAAAUUAGAAGCCAAGAGAAAUACAAUGAUGGACUGUGGCAUGAUGUUAUAUUUAGUCGAGAAAAGAGCAGUGGCAGACUGAUAAUUGAUGGCCUGCGAGUCCUGGAAGAAAAUCUUCCUCCUACUGGGGCUGCUUGGAAGAUCAAAGGUCCAAUUUAUUUAGGUGGUGUAGCUCCCGGAAGAGCUGUGAAAAAUGUUCAGAUCAAUUCUGUCUACAGUUUCAGCGGUUGUCUCAGCAAUUUCCAGCUCAAUGGGGCCUCUGUCACCUUUGCAUCUCAGACAUUCAGCGUAACACCUUGCUUUGAGGGCCCAAUGGAAACAGGAACAUACUUCUCAACUGAAGGAGGAUACGUGGUCCUAGAUGAAUCUUUUAAUAUUGGGUUGAAAUUCGAGAUUGCAUUUGAAGUGCGGCCCAGAAGUAACUCUGGAACCCUUGUUCAUGGCCACAGUGUCAAUGGAGAAUACCUGAAUGUUCACAUAAAAAAUGGGCAGGUAAUAGUGAAAGUCAACAAUGGCAUCAGAGACUUCUCCACCUCAGUGACACCAAAACAGAGUCUCUGUGACGGCAGAUGGCACAGAAUCACAGUCAUUAGAGAUUCUAAUGUGGUUCAAUUGGAUGUGGACUCUGAAGUGAACCAUGUGGUUGGACCCUUGAAUCCAAAACCAGUUGAUCACAGGGAACCUGUGUUUGUUGGAGGUGUUCCAGAGUCGCUAUUGACGCCACAUUUGGCCCCCAGUAAACCCUUCACAGGUUGUAUCCGUCACUUUGUGAUCGACGGGCAGCCUGUGAGCUUCAGUAAAGCAGCCCUGGUCAGUGGUGCUGUGAGCAUCAACUCCUGUCCUGCAGCCUAACUCAGGGAGCAAAGUGGCCCAAAUACAGUUCUUCAGCGCACUGAAAAAAACACAACGCCAUUUAGGAGACCAGCAACUCCUCCUUCAUAUGGCAGCUCCCACCUGAUUGAGCAAGACUCACUUAAAGGAAUCAUCAGGGAUUGGUUGUUUAUUUGGAACCAACAUGAACUUUGGUGAAGCAGUGUUAAAACUUACUUAAAGUAUACUUAUUUCCUGCUUGUGAAAUUACCUUUUCUGUUUCUAAUAAAAUAGAAGAGAUUUUAAAUAAAUAAA